AUGACACGAGUGGGCAAGGUGAAAAUAUUGCCGGAAAUUCCAUCGAUUGCGACAGAGGCGAAACGCCUGAAAAACGACGGAGUUGACAUUCUCAUUGCGCUGGGACAUUCUGGUGUAGAAAUGGAUACGCAGAUAGCCAGAGAUGUUGAGGACAUUGAUUUGGUGAUUGGUGGACAUUCACAUACAUUUUUAUACACAGGAAAUCCACCUGACAUUGAUAAGCCCUUUGGUCCAUAUCCUCUUUUGGUGGAACAACCGAACACCAAAAGAAAGGUGCCUGUCAUCCAUGCAUAUUACGUUACCAAAUACUUGGGUCAAUUGUGGUUGGAUUUCGAUGAAGCCGGAGAAGUAGUCAAAAGUUAUGGAAACCCGAUUUUAUUAGAUUCCAGUGUCGGACAAGAUCCAGAACUAUUGAACGAAGUAAAAAUCAUGAGCAAAGUGAUCGAGGCCAAGACUAAACAAGUGAUUGGUUCAACAAGAGUAUUCUUAGAAGGAAUCGAUGAAUAUUGUAGAUUCAGAGAAUGUAACCUGGGAAAUUUCGUAACUGACUCUUUUGUAGAUUACAAUAUUAGAAACAAUAUUAAAUCGUACGGUUUGACCAAAUACUGGACCGACGCACCUAUAGCAUUGUUACAAGCUGGAGGGAUACGGACAAACAUGAAUAAUGUAAAUAAAAUAGGUAACAUCACUUUUGGUGAUUUACUGUCAUCUCUUCCAUUUCAGGAUGAUAUAGGGAAAAUUACGACUAAGGGUUCAGAUAUUUGGUCAGCUUUUGAGUAUUCCGUUCGACGGUACAGUAAAACGGUUGCCAACGGAGAAUUUCUUCAAGUUUCAGGAUUGAAUGUCGUAAUAGAUCUUGGUCGGCCCAGUGGAGAUCGAGUGCAAUCCAUUUACGCUAGGUGUGGAAAUUGCGCCGUACCAGUGUACGAGAAAUUGGAUUUAAACGCCAAUUACACAAUAAUUAUCAGUAAUUAUCUCUCAGAAGGCGGCGAUGGUUUUUCGUUCAAAAAAGUGUUAAAAUACCAAAGUUUUGGAAAAACGGAUUUGAGUAUCGUGGAAGAACAGUUACAGGCAAGGUCUCCAGUAUGGCCAGAAGUUAGUCAACGGAUAGUGCUGCUUAGCGUGGAAGAGAUGAAUAAGGUUCAGACAGCUAGCACUAAUAGCCAAUUAAUUUUCACAUCCUUAUCGAACUUUAUAAUAUUUCUGUUGGUGAUCGUUAUCAUGUUGUAUCUGCCCGAUCAGGGGCUUGCUAACGGGGGGGAUAUGAGAGUAACAUGA